UCUCCAAAAAUUCUGCUCAAGCAAGUUCAAGUCACAGUUCAAAUUGGAGGGAAGAGUGCGUAUACUAUUAAGUCAUAGCAGUGGCGAGGCGACAGGAUAGUAGAACAAUUUAAAUUAGACUCCCUCAUCAGGUUUGGGGAGAGCAGAAAGUAGUAAAAAUUAAAAGCAUGUCGGGGAUUGCUUUAGGAAGAUUGAGUGAGGAGAGAAAAGCGUGGCGAAAAGAUCACCCCUUUGGCUUUGUUGCCAAGCCUACCAAGAACCCUGAUGGUACCCUUAACCUCAUGAACUGGGAAUGUGCUAUUCCCGGGAAAAAGGGGACUUCUUGGGAGGAAGGACUGUUCAAAGUAAGAAUGAUAUUCAAAGACGACUAUCCCACCUCACCACCAAAAUGUAAAUUCGAGCCCCCCAUCUUCCAUCCGAACGUCUACCCCUCUGGAACAGUGUGCUUGUCACUGUUGGAUGAGGACAAGGACUGGAGACCAGCUGUAACUAUUAAACAGAUUUUACUAGGUAUACAAGACUUGCUAAAUGAUCCGAAUAUUAGAGAUCCAGCCCAGGCAGAAGCAUACACCAUUUACUGUCAAAACCGAUCAGAAUAUGAUAAAAGGGUAAAGCAGCAAGCACGUGCACAUGCACCCAAGUAGGUGCAGACUGAACAGUGUACUCUUAAUGUGUGUUUCUGCACUGCUAUAUGUUUAUCACCGUCCAGUUUACAUACUUGAUGUGUACUGUAUACAUGUUAGUGUUCAUCACUGAAUUCAGCAUAAUUAAUUUUUGUGACAUUUAAUAUUAAAGCAAACACGGUGUAAUAACAA